ACCAUCCUUCCUCCCUUCCUCAACAGCCUGCAAUCGCAGCGCUCUGAACAAAUUCUCCGCCCUGCUUUUGGAGCGAGGCUCGCUCGCGUGACCCAAAUUCCGGAACAUUCACGCUUCCCAGCAUACACGUCUUUGCUCGUCUUUUGGGACGCUGACAUCGUGUACAUUAUCGCCAAGCGGAUGGGCUUCCUCCCUCGAGCGCUCUUUGUAAUAUCAGCUGCCUCGUGAGCAGCGCGGGGCGCCUGUCAUUAUGGGUCGCAAAACGCAAGGUCACUACGAUGACUUGCUCCUGGAGAAGAUCAAGAGCAUGUUCUACCGAACCAGCGAGAGCUCGGACGCUGGCAGUAUCGACUCUCGCGCUGAAGAGCUAUAUGCAGUCAGACAUGGUGAGACCUUUUCCGUAGCAGACAUUCUCACCCGCAACAAUCGGCGACGACCGCAUCCCGAAUCGCGCAAAUACACCUUCGAGGAUUUUGUAGAAGACCUCAACGCCGACUCCUCGACUUCGCUCAGCUGGAUGGAUUCUUUCAUCUUUGCUACUGCGCAAGGUGCUCGUGCUCGCGAAGUGGAUCCUAGCAGAGCUUUCGACCCGAUCCCAUCAGCACGACCAACACGUCUCAGGCGCAUCGACAGACCGCGAGAUUCGGCGCCUGAUCUCCCGUCGGAGAGUGCUGCAAUUCCAGCGGAGCGAGAGGAAGAUUCGAUCAGCGAGCUGCUCUUCGGCUUAGAGUCGGACGAGCUAGACGAUCUGCCCGCGCCCAUCAAUCCAACUACGCCAAGUCAGCAAGUCGCUGCUCGAUAUAGGCGAAUGCGCGCGUCGCGAGAAUCGCGCAACCAGGUUGCUUUCCCAAGGGUCCGCCCCGCAGAAUUCGAAGUAUCAACACCCUUGACACAGGGGCAUGACGAUGCGCUCCAUCCUGAUAGAGGUCUAGCAGCGCGCACAGCGGCCGUUCGAGCGUCCGUAGCUCGCGUGUCAGCGCUGCGCGAUCGUAGCUCUCGAGGCGAGGGCAGCACCGGGAACAGCUCUGCCAGCCGGGUACCACAGAUCUCAACUACUGCGCCAGAUGCGCUAGCCGUCGGAGCAAUCUCAGAAGAUAGUCGAGCUAUUUCAGCGAUGGAUGCUGGCGAUAUCCACUUUGUGCAAAGCGUCUUACCAAAUCGCUGGUUCACUGAUCAUGAAUUUCGGCGACGCUGGUUUGCAAUGCCUGGCAGCUCCAUCGGAAGCCUGCUAUGGACGCGCAUAUUCACACUGAGAGCAGAUGCGGCAAGCUCGCUAAAUCGACCUACCGCCAAUCGAUCGCGUCUGCGAUCGCGUUCGGACUACUGUCAAGCACUUUGGAACAGUGACCGUUUCGUCUUGUUCUGGCCUGCAGAUGCCACUGUGUUGAUCAGGGCUUCUCACUGGGGGGAUUUGGUGUCUCCUAAUCAGUUUGUGACCACCGCAUCCUUGGUAUGGUCGAUGGUCAGUCGCGCGAUGACGAUGCUAGACCCCUCGGAGCUCGGUCUUUUGGCAGAAACCGAUCAGCAUGCUCUCAUGGAGGGCUUGAAGGAUUACCUUGCCUUUUUGCGCAUAUUAAAAGAAGGCGCAGAUACAGGCGCCACGGAGUCGAGCAUCUUCCAAAGACUCAAAGAAUUCGGCUUGGAGCUUCCAGAGGGCUACAACGCAGCUUCCACCGAGCCACGCGCAAUCGCACCGCUCCCUGCUCGGGCUCGCGCAAACGAAGGCCCGACGUUCCACUUUGGCGGCGCUGCCGCAUGACGAAGAAGGCUGGCUGGCGUCUUUGCCGAUGUUUACAGUCGCGGUCUCUACAUCAAGGCCAAGUCGCCACCACUGGCGCAGAGAUCUCGAUGCUCAGCACGCGCAGUCUUAUUUGCUCCAUCUGCUCUGGUGAUCUUGAGCCUCUUUUGUGUCGCUUUUUGUACUUGUAAGAUGAAUACAGUCACGACUUGUGCCAAACAGAAAUCGAAACCUGAUGUCGU